UGAAUUUGUAUUUAAAAAACUAGUCAAGUCUGCUUCAUCAUUGAUCUUAACUCUCUUCAUAAAGUUCACUAGAAUCGCACUGUAGCAAUGUCUGUCGUCGGUGUCGACUUUGGUACUCUCCAUAGCAAGAUCGGCGUAGCAAGAAAUCGAGGUAUCGAUAUCAUUGUAAACGAGGUUUCAAACCGUGCAACACCAUCUCUCGUGGCAUUUGGCCCCAAACAACGCUCUAUCGGUGAAUCUGCAAAAACACAAGAGACCUCAAAUUUCAAGAAUACCAUAGGCGGCCUCAAGCGCCUUAUCGGUAGAACACUACAGGAUCCAGAUGUUGAAAUAGAGAAGAAAUUCCUCAAUGCAACCCUCGUCGAUGGUGGAGGAACAGUCGGCGUAGAGGUAACAUAUCGUGGCGAAAAGCAGAUCUUUUCUGCCACCCAGCUUGUUGCAAUGUAUUUCAGCAAGCUGCGUGAUAUCACCGCAAACGAGCUCAAGACCGCAGUCUCUGAUCUCGUUAUUGCCGUCCCAGGAUGGUACACCGAUAUUCAGCGACGAGCAAUGAUCGACGCAGCACACAUUGCUGGUCUCAAUGCUCUCCGCCUCAUUAACGACACAACUGCUGUCGCACUCGGUUACGGCAUUACAAAGCUUGAUCUCCCCGACCCAGAAAAUCCACGACACGUUAUGUUCGUCGAUGUUGGACAUUCCUCUAUGUCCGUCUCAGUCGUCGCAUUUUCCAAAGGUCAAUUGGCCGUCAAAGCAGCCGCCUACGAUCGCAACCUGGGUGGUCGUGAUAUCGACUACGCUCUCAUCCAGUACUUUGCUGCUGAAUUUAACGCCAAAUAUCGGAUCGACGUCCUUUCAAACCCCAAAGCAACCUUCCGUCUCCUCGUCGGCUGCGAGAAACUAAAAAAGGUCCUUUCAGCUAACAACGAGGCCCCCUUGAACGUCGAAUCACUCAUGAACGACAUUGACGCCUCAUCCAAGCUUAACCGUGAAACUUACGAAGAGCUUAUCUCAGGCGUCCUCGACCGCAUCGCCGUGCCCCUCCAACAAGCCCUCGCCGAAUCAGGACUUACCAUUGACGAUAUUGACACCGUCGAGCUCGUCGGUGGUACAACCCGUAUUCCUGCAGUCCGCACCCGCAUCCAAGCAGCCCUCGGAGGCAAAUUCCUUUCAACUACCCUCAACCAAGAAGAAGCCAUCGCUCGCGGUGCUACCUUCGCAGCCGCCUUCCAAUCCCCUACCUUCCGCGUGCGCGAGUUUCACGUGCACGACAUCAACCAGUACCCGAUCAAGGUGUGCUGGGAGCGCGCUGCCUCGGACCCAGACGAUGACACCGAGCUUGUCGUUUUCCCUCGCGGAAACAGUAUCUUAUCUACAAAGAUCCUUACAUUCUACCGCAAGGAGCCGUUUGAGAUCGACGCCGAGUAUGUAGAGCCUGCUGGUCUCCCGGGAGGAAUCAACCCGAAGAUCGCUGGGUUCACGGCAAAAGCUGUCCCGCCUUCCCCGAAUGGCGACCUUACGUGCAUCAAGUUGAAGACGCGGUUGAAUUUACAUGGAAUCAUGUCUUUUGAGAAUGCGUACACGGAAGAGGUGGAGGAGCGCGAGGAGGCGAUGGAAGUGGAUGGGGAGGCACCGAAGAAGAAGCGACAUGUGAAGAAGAAUGAGAUUCCGUUCUCUACUCGCACUUCGACGCUUGACCCGAGCGUUGUUGAGAAGCUGAAAGAGUUGGAGGCAGAGAUGCAUGCUGCUGAUAAGCUUGUCAUGGACACUGAGGACCGCAAGAACGCACUCGAGGAAUAUGUCUACGACAUGCGCGCCAAGCUCGAUGAGCGCUACUCAUCCUUCGCGCAGGCUGCAGAAAAAGAGAAGCUCAAUGGCAUGUUCCAAGAAGCUGAGGACUGGCUAUACUCCGAUGAAGGCGAAGACGCGACAAAAUCCGCGUACGUCACCAAACUCGAUGCCCUCAAAGCGGUCGGCGAUUCCAUCGUCGCGCGCUACCGCGAAGCCGAUGAGCGGCCCAAAGCCAUGGCCCAACUCCGUGCAGCCCUCAACGACUACAUCUCCCAAGCCACCUCUCCUGACGAUAAAUUCGCGCACAUCGCCGACAGCGAAAAACAAAAGGUCGUCGAGAAAUGCGCGACGGUCCAAAAGUGGCUCGACGACCAGAAUGCACGACAAGCUGAGAAGCCGAAGAACGCGGAUCCUGUGUUGACGAGUGCGGAGAUUGCGAAGAAGAGGGAGGAGGUGAUUUAUUUCGCGAUUCCGAUUUUGACGAAGCAGAAGCCUAAGCCUGUGAAGGCGGAGGGGACGCCUGGGACGCAGACACCGCAGAGCGGGACGCAGACGCCUGAUGCGGGGGCGCAGGGGCCGCAGAAGGGAGAGCAGGAGCCAACGAAGGGCGAGGAGGAGGUUCCUGGGCCUCCGGAGAUGGAUGUUGAUUAGACUUCUAGGUGGCCUCUGGGUCCGAGUAUUCGUGUUUCGUAAAAUUAACCGUAAUGUGGGGUUGGUUUUGAUUAGACCAUGAUGAAGCAUAUAUGAAGCAUAUGAUAUGUAGAGCAUAUACAGUACCGCGAUAUAGUGUACUACUAUCGUUCAAUGUCUACUAUUUUUUGGCUUGUCCAUCGGCAAACCGUUCACC